GCAGCUAUGCCAUGUGGCAACAAGUGGUUGUGUUGCUUUGGCGGGGCGUGGAAUAGUGGCCCGAGGAAGCUAAAGAAGAGGACGAUAAGUUGCUCGAACAGACCUGCAAGAGCCCAAAAAGCAGAUAGAAGAGAAGCAGACGACUCCACAGCUUCAAUUCCAAAUACAGCUUUGCAGACACUACCAGAGUGUGGAGAAGAGGCCUGAGUCAGGUCGAGUGUUGACAACAGUACAAUGGGCAGAAAGGACGACAACUCCGAGUACUGGAGAGAUGGCGAUGACUCCAAACCUGAUUUACAAACGGAUACAAAGACUGGAAGUUUCAACCAGUGCAUCCACCGCACAACCUCAGAAACUCAUAACUUGGCUGAUGACAACGCUGGCAGCGCCAAUGAUGAUGAAGUGCAGGAGGGUCAGAGGGGAAAGAGCUGUGAGGAUGAUGAAGAGGGCCACCUGACCUAUCACAUCGGCCUCGUGAUGAAAGAAAGAUAUGAAGUUGUCUCUGCACUGGGAGAAGGAGCAUUUGGAAAAGUAGUGAAGUGUAUAGACAGAGAGAAAGAUGAGCACGUAGCUGUGAAGAUAGUGAGGAACAUUGAGUGUUUCUGUGAAGUAGCGAGGUCUGAGAUCGCUGUGCUGGAGGAAAUCAACCGCCUGGAUGAUGAUAACAGAUUCGCCUGCGUGAGGAUGCUGGACUGGUUCGAGCAUAAAGGCCACGUCUGCAUCGUGUUCGAGCUGCUCGGCCUCAGUAUCUUUGAGUUUCUCCGACAGAAUGAGUUCCUGCCGUUCAGCGUGGGGCAGAUUAGACGCAUGGCCUUCCAGAUCUUCAAAGCUGUGUGCUUUCUGCACCGUAACAAACUGACCCACACAGACCUGAAGCCAGAGAACAUCCUGUUUGUGCGCUCUGACUAUGACCUGGAGUAUAAUGAGGACUUGGAGUGUAAGGAGAAGAGGCUGAGGAGUCUUGACGUGACGGUUGUGGACUUUGGCAAUGCCACAUUUGACCACGAACCCCAUGAAUCCCUGGUUUCAACGCGUUACUACCGAGCUCCAGAAGUCAUACUUGGUCUGGGCUGGAACCAGUCAUGUGACGUUUGGAGUCUGGGCUGUGUCAUGAUGGAGUUUUACCUCGGACGUGCACUCUUCCCGACCCAUGACAGUAAAGAACAUCUGGCCAUGAUGGAGAAAGUCCUCGGACCGAUCCCCCCACAUCUGCUCAAACAGACCAGGAAGAAGCAUUAUGUGCACAGCGAGUGUCUGAACUGGGACGAUGAAUACAUCAGGAAACACUGUCGACCUCUCAAGCUGUACAUGCAGACGCAGAACGAGGAGGAGAGGCAGUUGUUCGAUCUGCUCAGCUGCAUGUUGGAAUAUGAUGUGUCCAGACGGAUCACCCUGGAGGAGGCACUGUGGCACCCGUUCUUCAGCCCACUGAGGACGCAGAAGCAGCAGCAGUGCAGCUAGCUAAUGCAUGCAUACACACAC